AUGUGUAAAUUCACUUAUUACAUAUUAUACAUCGGACUGUUCUGUACACAUUUAGUCUUCUGUAACUCUUUUUUUCUUAAAAACAACCCAAUACCUUUUGAUAACAUAAAUAACAAUGUUCCUAAUUCUCAAAUUCAGCAAAUAGUUCCAGAAAAUGCUACACCAAACGACAUCAACCCUAACUAUAUGCCAAAUAUAAACAAACCUAACAACAAUAAUGACAAUUUACCCCAAAAUCAAUACAAUAAUAAUUUUAAUAAUAAUGAAAUCGCAAAUAAUAUAACACAUAACACUGCUAUGUAUAAUUUAUCUCAGAAUAAUGCUAAAGAUAAUAACUAUGAUAAUAGCAACGUUCCUGCCGUUACAACUGACGAAAAUGAAGAAAAUAACAUGGAAGAGAAUGAUAAUGACUUGAUGUACUAUUUGACUCAAUAUCGUAAUAGAGCUCGCAGAACUGUCGAUGGUCAUUUGUGUGCUGCGGCGUUUGUUCAGAGAGACCAGAUUUAUACUGACUGUACAGUCGAGGUUGCUCCAGAUGGAACCGAGGGGAAAGAAUGGUGUUACCUUGAAUCGCAACUCAUUGGUAAGGUAGAGAAGGAUUGGGGAUUUUGUGAAACUCCAUUAAAUUAUGAGGAAAUAAGAAAUGCAACGCUUAAUCAUAUCUCACAAAAAGUUUCUCAAGUGGAUGAAAUGCUACGAUCACUGAACAUAUAUAGGAAACUUAUAAAGGAGUCUGAAAGGAGAUUGUCCACAGUUUGUGGGAUGGGUCAUAAGCUAAUAAGUGACUCACUGUUGAAAAUCGAAUCAAUGUUUGAUGAUUCAGAAAAGAAGAUUGAAGAAGUUGCAAAACUCAAAAAUGAAAUCGACAAGAUCAAGAACGAGAUUAAAAAGAUACAGUGCGUACAUAACGAGGUCAGGAAAUCUCAUUCCACUCAGUAUUACCCAGACAAUGAUAUAUACAACGUUUCUGAUGGCUUAAUUGGGACAUAUUACUCCAAUAACACCUUUGAAUUCCCAGCAGUUUCUACAAGAAUUGAUCCUCAAAUUAACUUAUUGUUUGUAAAUAAAAUGCCAAUCAUUGGUAUAAGCCCUUAUAAAUUCUCAAUUCGGUGGGAAGGAUACUUGAAAGUGCCUCACUCAGGAAAUUAUGUCUUUGAACUUGAUACUGAUUCAUAUGGAAGAGUUGAACUGAACGGGUCUGAGAUUAUAAAUCUUGGUAUAAGAGUUGAUGGGAAUGACGAAAUCGGAUACAAGUUCUUCAUCGAUCCUGUUAUACAGAGGAAUGACCUCAAAGCUUCGCAAAGUCAGCAGCUAAUUGGGGGGAAGUUUUAUCAAAUAAAAGUAGAAAUGUCGCAUUCUCAGCAAUAUAAAUACACUGAUGGCUCAGAAUCAUACUUCAAGUUACUAUGGUCAAGUCAUAGAAUUCCUAAGGAAGUGAUUCCCUCAAGUAACUUUUAUUCACAGUUUAAGAAGACACACACUUCAAUUAGCCACCUACCUGCUUCAAGUUUUGAGAUUGUUACAUCAUUGAACGGAGAGAGUGCCUUCAGAAACAAUAACAAAUUCUUUAUCGCAAAUUUGACAAACGGGCUAAUUAAUGCUCAGCUGAUAAGGUGUGAUGAAAAGCAUAACAUAGGCUCAUUCAAUAUGAGUGUUAAUCAGGACUCAAAUCUGUAUGUUGCAUACAAAAAGGGGUUCCCCUUCCCAUUAAACCCAAAGGAAGAACUACAAUGGAUACAGGAAGAUAGUCUGGAAUAUUUAGACCUAUAUGACUCUGGAGAAAGAUCAUCAUCUUCAACACCAGGAGACAUUAUUGGAAAAUUGAAUAGAAUUUUCAAGUUUAACAACGAAAGCACACUGGUGGAAGUUGAGCUGAAACAGAUAUCUCUAGUUAGAGGUGUAAUUUACAAAUUUGUUACAACAAACCCGGAUGUGAGUUUCAUAAUGUUCCUCUCAGAUAACAUUAAUUCUAAACAAAACAAAUGCAUUGGAGCUGAGACCCUACUUAGUUUGCCAGGAGGUAAUUAUUUCAUGUCAUGUUCUGAGAGUUCAUCGCAUUCUAAAGACUACGACUGUAACGCGUCCUUAAGUGGGAAGUAUCUUGAUCAAAGAAAAUCAGUUUGGAGAACCAGUGGAGGGACUGGAGAAAACAUGACUGUUGUUUUUAGAGAGCCAGUUUUGGUAACUGAGUUCAAAUUCAGGCCUAGAGACUCAUCCUACACGUGGCCAUCAAAGAUAACUCUAUCAUUUCAUGAGGGAGGGGGUGAAACUUUCAGUGUAUUCCACUCUAAUGACCUGGAACAUCAUUCAUACAGGCUUUCAGUUCCUAAGAUUACAACAUCGGUGAAGCUCACGAUAGAUGAAAUGUAUGUAAGUGGUUCCGAGACUGGGGGGUCAUUUGGUAUCAUUGGAAUACCUUGCAAAUUCUCAGAAACCAUGAGGUUUGUAGAGAUUCUCAGGUGUUCUGAGACACUGAAGGAUUUAGAGAACAUAUAUAUCUUCAAAAACGAUGAUAAAUUUCUCGCUGAAUGCCAGCAAGAAUGUUUGGUUACGGACUCCAAAUUUGAAAAGAAUUUCAAUUCUGGAAAUGGAGAAAAGAUGUUUUCUGAAAACGACCCUAUUUGUCCAAUUGCUGUGUCAAAUAAAUACUGUUCAGAGGACUCUGGGUCAUGUGUUGUUCAAGUUAAUGUCAUUAAAUCUAAUGACUCCUCAGGAUACCUUCUUUCCAAAUCGCACCAUAAACAGAAGAAAAGGAUGAAAAAAUUGGAAAUCCUCUUCAGAAAACAACCUGAUAAAACACCUACUCAGGGUUACUUAAUAGACAAUGGACAAGUUAAAUCAGACUUGGAAGAUUUAUCAUACGGAUGGUUUCGAGAAGCACAUGGAGAGUUUUGUCAUUCAAAUGAUAAUCCUUUAUAUGGCGGAGGAAUUAGAUUUCCACCACCAAAAGAGUCUUUAGACUGCGUUCAAAAAGAGAAAUGUUCUGGGAAUUACUGGUCGAUAGAACUGCCUGAAGAUGGAGAAUAUAAGCUUGAAGUCAUUUUAGGAUCAGUUUGCAAGUCAAAUAAUGAUACUGAAGCAUACUUGGAGGUGAAUGGAACACCGCUUUUAACAGGAGAAGGGUUUAGAAAUGACACAUUUUACACAAUAGUCAAAAAAGUCAAGGUUAAGAAUAAGAGAAUUAAGUUGACAUCAACUUGUAAGACUGAUAAUUGCCCUGAAACUGGAACUGUGUUACAGAUGGUUUCUGUUGAGCAGCUGUAG